AGAAGGAGCGAAGCUCUGGCCCGGCGCGCAGAGGGCGCUGUACGGGGACGCAGGGCCGGGCCGCCGGGCUGUGUAGAGAAGCGAGCGCGCUCGUGUAAGCCUGCGGUCCCCGCCACCCCUGAGCCAGAGCAGCGAGCUCCCGGGCCCGCCCGAGGCGUCCUUCGCGCGUCCGGCGGUGGCGACGUCUUGCACCCGGCCGCCUCGCCGCUCCCGACCCACCCGCGCCCCCGCCCGCCGCCCCUUCUCCCCCGCCCAGCCGCGGCUCGGCGGCGGCCGCAGCUCCGGAGCAGCCUGAACAAGACCACGGAAGGUUGAAGGAUAAUCUAAUACCAGCACUUUGAAUGAGAAUUUGUUUCUCUGUCACAAACUGAUUUUUUUUUAAAUUUUAUUUUUCUGGUGGAGGAGUUGAAACAAAGCUAACUUUUGUGGCAUCGCAGCUAUGCAGCUGGAAAUCCAAGUAGCACUAAAUUUUAUCAUUUCCUACUUGUACAAUAAGCUUCCCAGGAGACGUGUCAACAUUUUUGGUGAAGAGCUUGAAAGACUUCUUAAGAAGAAAUAUGAAGGGCACUGGUAUCCUGAAAAGCCAUACCGAGGCUCAGGGUUUAGAUGUAUACACGUAGGGGAGAAAGUGGACCCAGUGAUUGAGCAAGCAUCCAAAGAGAGCGGUUUGGACAUUGACGACGUUCGCGGCAACCUGCCUCAGGAUCUGAGCGUUUGGAUCGACCCGUUUGAGGUUUCCUACCAAAUUGGUGAAAAGGGACCAGUGAAGGUGCUGUACGUGGAUGACAGUAAUGAAAACGGAUGCGAGCUGGAUAAGGAGAUCAAAAACAGCUUUAACCCGGAGGCCCAGGUUUUCAUGCCUAUAAGUGACCCAGCCUCCUCUGUGUCCAGCUCUCCCUCGCCGCCCUUCGGCCACUCUGCUGCUGUCAGCCCCACCUUCAUGCCCCGGUCCACUCAGCCUUUAACCUUUACCACUGCCACUUUUGCUGCCACCAAGUUUGGCUCCACCAAAAUGAAGAACAGUGGCCGUAGCAGCAAGGUAGCACGCACGUCUCCCAUCAACCUGGGCCUGAAUGUGAAUGUGAACGACCUCCUGAAGCAGAAAGCCAUCUCUUCCUCAAUGCACUCUCUGUAUGGGCUGGGCCUGGGCAGCCAGCAGCCGCCUCCACCGCCACAACAGCAGCAGCAGCAGCAGCAGCAGCCGCCGUCCCAGCCACCGCCUCCACCUCCACCUCCACAGCAGCAGCAGCAGCAGCAGCAGCAGCAGCAGCAGCAGCAGCAGCAGCAGCAAACCUCUGCUCUCUCUCCCAAUGCCAAGGAGUUUAUUUUUCCUAACAUGCAGGGUCAAGGUAGUAGUACCAAUGGAAUGUUCCCGGGUGACAGCCCCCUUAACCUCAGCCCCCUCCAGUACAGUAAUGCCUUUGAUGUGUUUGCGGCCUAUGGCGGCCUCAACGAGAAGUCUUUCGUAGACGGCUUGAAUUUUAGCUUAAAUAACAUGCAGUAUUCUAACCAGCAAUUCCAGCCUGUUAUGGCUAACUAAAAAAAAACAAAAAAAACAAAAAACAAAAAGAGAGAACAUGUAUCGUACAAGUUAAAGUGCAUCGGCCCAAGGGGGAAAAUUUUUUUUUUUUUUUUUUUUUUUUGCCUCCUUGAGAUUUUUUUUUAAGCUU